AUGGCCAACUCCACGACGCGCGUCCUCCAGGCAUCCCACGACCGUCGUGCCGAGGGUGUUCUGGCUAAUCAGAUCGGUUCCAAGACAAGUGGCGACAUUGCCGACGGCAAAGACGCCGAGGGCCGACGUGCAAAGAGGGAUGGCGGCGACAAGGGCGAGUCCGUUCACGUUCCCAAGAUCCUGGCAUGGCGCGGGCACCUCGGCGCAGACAGGCACGACGGGUGUCGGCGUUGGCGUAGCGCAGAGGGCAGGAUCGGUGAUUGUGACGGUGCCAGAUCUUAUGCCAAAGGCAAUUUCAAGACAUUCAACAACGCUGGCGCCGGUGGCGAAAGGCCCAAGAGCGACGGUGCAACCAGCGAUGUUUCCGACCAGCGCCAAGCCGUUGCUGGACGACAAAGAUGCACACGCGUCUGGGAGCGUCGUGAUGCAGCGAGCCUCAAGUGCGGUCACAACACACUCCGCGAUGUCAGCACCGGCGGUGAAGAUGUUGAUGCUGGUUGUCAAGCACGUCAGAAUGUUGCCAGCCGCGAAGGGUCCAAGAUGGAAGACGCGGAAGACUCGACAGUGGUAGAUGGAAAGCUGGCGCAGAAGAAGCCGGCGCAGAAGAGGCUGGCGCAGAAGAAGCUGGUGCCGAAGAGGCCGGCGCAGAAGAGGCCGGCGCAGAAGAGGCUGGCGCAGAAGAAGCUGAUGCCGAAGAGGCCGGCGCAGAAGAGGCCGGAGCAGAAGAAGCCGGCGCAGAUGAAGCUGGCGCAGAAGAGGCUGGUGCUGAUGAUGCUGGCACAGAAGAAGCCGGCGCAGAUGACGCUGGUGCGGAUGAAGCUGGUGCAGAAGAAGCCGGUGCAGAAGAAGCUGGUGCCGACGACGCUUGUACCGACGAUGCUGGUGCAGAAGAAGCUGGUACCGACGAUGCUGGUGCUGACGACGCUGGUGCAGAAGCCGGUGCCGACGAUGCUGGUGCAGAAGAAGCUGGUGCCGACGACGCUGGUACUGACGACGCUUGUACCGACGAUGCUGGUGCAGAAGAAGCCGGUGCAGAAGCUGGUGCCGACGACGCUGGUGCAGAAGAAGCUGGUGCCGACGACGCUGGUACUGACGACGCUUGUACCGACGACGCUGGUGCUGACGAUGCUGGUGCAGAAGAAGCUGGUGCAGAAGAAGCCGGUGCAGAAGCCGGUGCCGACGACGCUGGUGCAGAAGCUGGUGCCGACGACGCUGGUGCAGAAGAAGCCGGUGCCGACGACGCUGGUACUGACGACGCUGGUGCGGAUGAAGCUGGUGCUGACGAUGCUGGUGCAGAAGAAGCUGGUGCAGAAGAAGCCGGUGCAGAAGCCGGUGCCGACGACGCUGGUGCAGAAGAAGCCGGUGCCGACGAUGCUGGUGCAGAAGAAGCUGGUGCAGAAGAAGCUGGUGCAGAAGAAGCUGGUGCAGAAGCCGGUGCCGACGACGCUGGUGCAGAAGCUGGUGCCGACGACGCUGGUACUGACGACGCUGGUGCUGACGACGCUGGCGCAGAAGCUGGUGCCGAAGAGGCCGGCGCAGAAGAAGCUGGAGCGGAUGCAGCAGGCUGCGACACUUGAUGCAGCUGCUGAUGAGGCUGGCUGGGAGGACGCAGGCACAAGGCUCGAAGCUGCUGCAGAAGAGACAGGUCCAGCACUCGAAGCAGCUCCAGAAGAAGCAGCGCCAGACGAAGCAGGGCCAGACGAAGCAGCGCUAGAAGAGACAGGUCCUGCGGUCGAAGCAGCGCCAGACGAAGCAGCGCCAGAAGAAGCAGCGCCAGAAGAGAUAGGUCCUGCGCUCGAAGCAGCGCUAGACGAAGCAGCGCCAGACGAUGCAGCGCCAGAAGAGAUAGGUCCUGCGCUCGAAGCAGCGCCAGAUGAAGCAGCUCCAGACGAAGCAGCGCUCGAAGCAGCGCCAGAAGAGACAGGUCCUGCGCUCGAAGCAGCUCCAGAGGAAGCAGCGCCAGAAGAGACAAGUCCUGCGCUCGAAGCAGCUCCAGACGAAGCAGCGCCAGAAGAGACAGCUCCUGCGCUCGAAGCAGCUCCAGACGAUGCUGCUACAGAUGAAGCAGCGCCAGACGAAGCAGCUCCAGACGUAGCAGCUCCAGACGAUGCUGCUCCAGACGAAGCAGCUCCAGACGAAGCAGCUCCAGACGAUGCUGCUACAGACGAUGCUUCUGCAGACGAAACAGCUCCAGAGGAAGCAGCUCCCCCACUUGAAGCGGCAGACGUCUGA